ACUUUGAGACACGCCGGUUGGCGGACGUCGAACUUGCUGCACAGCUCUGUACUAUAAGUACGGAUACCACAGCUCCAGCAUGGCACUCUACGGCCAUAACAUCGAUAUCCAAAUCCGGCCUCCCAACAAGGAGCCUGAAUGGUCCAGCAUCUGCAACAAUGUCUUUGACCAGUACCUUGAUACCGCUGAUUUGUUCGGCUUGGAGCCCGAUCCGCAUGAAAGAAGCAGCUCAAACGACUCGGCCAACCUCUUCGACUUUUCCACGGGGUCCGAACAAAGCCACCAAACAGCCGGGACCUCGCCAAUACCUUCCUGGAAGCACGGCAGCACGAAUGUGAUACCAGGCGCAGAAGCCGUAAUGUCAAUAGAGGCGCGUCAACCAAUAGCGAAGGAGCCGUUGAACUUCUGGGCCAAGACGUUGAGGGCGCUGGAGCAGAAUGCAGCAGCUUGUGAAAGGCAGCAGAGAUUACGCACGGUAAAAUCCAACCCAGACUUCUUGAGCCUUGGUGGCUGCCCGUCACCACCUGCCCUCCCGUCCUCGCCAAUCGACCAAUCAUUGUCGACGCAGCGGCGAAGGAGUCGACAUAACAAAGCCGCAAACGGUAGGCAAGCCUCACAAGCCAGGUCGCUCUCACGUGGUCGGCCUUCAGUAGCUGCAGGUGUUACGAAGUGUAUCGCAGGUAUUGCAAACCCAUACGCCACCGUGCGCAAAGCCAGCGCCAGUCCUUCAAAGAUGAUGACCCCUUCCCGCUUCUCGGCGCGAGCGUCUGGCUUCAGAGAUGUGUGGGCGCAGCGUGCCGAACGCAGCCCAAAGAAGUACGAUCUGCGUGUUUCGUUGCAAGCGUUACCCGCCUCUCCGCCGUCUUCAGCGAGGUUGCCUACUCAAGCAGUACACCACGGAGACGAUCAUGCUGCUUUCGGGAAUUCGCCAACCUUCGUGCCUUUACCGGCACCGCCGUAUACGGCAGGGUGUGAUGAUCCGCUGUCGCCACUGACAAGCACUUUCCAGCAUGCGCACAUUCACACGCCCGUUGCGUCGCCGUCGGCGAUAGCGUUAAAUGCUGCAGCGCAUACAAACAACGCAUACUUUGGGGACGUCGUACCUCUCGUUCAGCCAAAUCUUUAUGCCGUCACGCAGAAUCUGGCGGUGAAUGACAUCGUGCCGCUGUUUCCGGAGCGGACUUCGUCGCUUGCUGCGAGCAAGAUACAAUCUUUCGAUUUUGGCUUCUCAAGCUCGCCGGACUUGGAGGCCUUCUGCUCCACAGCGCCUUUCGUAGAGCCUGUUCCGGCAAGCUACUCGGCGAAUUCGCUGUCAUUCAUGGAUCCUUUCCGUGGUGAUGACAGUGUCUUGCAGUCGACGGAAACUGGUGGCCUGCCUCUGAACGGGUUGGGCAUCAGCUGUGACCCAACACUCGUUUCCGGUUUCGCCACACUACCACCCACUGUCUACCCAGGCGGUCUGCCAUCAUCCUCGACUCCAUACUCUCGGCCAGUUCAGCAAGCUCACGGCGCCUUCACAAUGCCCAACAUACCUCACCAUCAACGCUCCAUGUCCCACCUACACUCUCUCACGCCAUCUCCGCCCCCAUCAAGCACCACUCGAAAGUCACGGGCGGCGUCUGCUUCCCACAAUCGCCGCUCGAGCCGCCACCGACGGACAAAGUCUGCUAGCUCGUCACACAGACAUGCGGGCUCAUAUCACGGGAGCCCAGAGAAGGGUUCUGGUGGGUUUGUGAACUUCACCCCUCAGGAUAGCAACAAGAUCUUGAGUGGCGUGGCGCCUUCGGGCAGCUCGAAGACGAAAGCGAGGCGGGAGAAGGAGGCGGCGGAUAAGCGGAGGAGAAUAAGUCAAGCGGCUGUUCGGGCUGUGGUGGAGGCUGGUGGAGAUUUGGAUAGAUUGGCUGAAGCAGGGUUGUUAGGAUAGUCCUUGGCUGAACAGCGCAAAUUCUGGUGUUCUUCGACCCCCAAACACCUCGCUAAGUGUCCGCAAGUGAAUCUCCUGUCAUCUAAGUAGCCGUGCUCGAGU